UCUUCUCCUUCCCCCUCCUCCUCUUCUUCCUCGACAACUCGUCUUCCGCUCUGUUCCCAACACACGACACCCCCCGCAGCAGCCUCGCUUCGAAUUUACCCGCCACAGAACCAAGGCCAGCAAAAAGUCACAUCGGAAACCCUUGGUUUCCCCCUCCCCACCCCACCACUUCCGAUAACCACAAUCCGCACUAACUCCUCAACCCUAACCAACAACUCCCUCCCACCAACCAACAACCCCAGUCCGCCAAAGAAAAACAUCAACCCCCCUCCUUCACAAAAGCUCCAACACUUCCACCCUCCCUCACCUCCUACCUAACCACCCUUUCCCACGAUUACCAUUCACACACCUAAUCGAAUGACAAGCAUCGCCGUAAACUCUUCCUCCGCCGCUCCGCAGAAUUCCACGAACGCUCCCACUUCGUCGUCUACCGGUCCCGCACGCUCACCUUCAACAAGCGGUCAGUCUGCAUCUGCCGCCGUGCAGACCAGCGCCCCCGCCCCGCGAGCGACGUCGUACGCCAACGCCGUACUCAGCUCUAAGAAAGUACCGUCUGGACCCGGUGGCAACGCAGCUAGCUCUUCAAGCACUGCCCCAUCCCAAGUCUCUGGUGGUGCCGCUGGACAACAUGCCCGGUCCGCUUCGACUACGUCAGUACCGGUGAAUGGCAAAUCGAUAACUCCGGCUGUUCCUACACUCGGUAACAGUGGAAAUUCCAACGGCGCUUCUACACCUUUCAGUGGAGGACACCAUAGCCGCAAAUCCUCCAUUGCCACAAUGCCAAACGGUUCUUCACGAGGAGUUCCGAACAUCAAGUUCGGCACCAUCAACGAGUCCGGAACCGGACCGCAAACAUCGGGGUCCGCCGUCGCAGCAGGAAACAACAACAACCUGACUGCACCCAUGGCACAGAACCCGAGAGCAAGUUCCCCUUCACCAGCUGCCACCCAACCCUCUGCCAGUGGAGGUCUCCCACCUCCCCCCGGAGCUACCAAGCCUAUCCAGUUUGGCGAUACUAUCCCCCAACAGAGACACGUACAGCCUCAUUCGCACAAUCCGCCGCAAGGGCCAGGCUCGAUGGGUCGUGGUGGUGGUGGCGGUGGUGGUGGUGGCGGUGUGGGAGGACACAACCGGCAAGAUUCUGCUCAGUCCGAGGCUCCCAUCAACAUGUCUCACGGACGUGGAAUGGCUCCGGCGGGUCGAGGCCGCCCUCAUUUCACCCAAGGUCCAUACCAGAACCAGCAGUACGGAGGUGGUGGUGGAAACCAGAGUGGAUACGGCGCUGGACGGGGUUACCAGGGACAGAACCAGCACCAGCAACGCAACGGUCCGGCAAACAUGGGUGCUGCUGGCCCGUACCCGCAACAGCAAUUCUCCAACUCCCCUCGCGUUGUCCCGAGAAGUCCGGCGUUGUCGCACGUGUCCGCCCACCAAUCGCCUUCGAUGGCACCCGCUAUCCCUACCACUCAGCAGCUGUACCCUCAGCCCCACGGCCAGCCCUUUAUUCCCCAGGGCAGCCCGCAAGUGCAAUACAUGCAGCCGAUGUACCCCUCCGAACCCGCUUACUACCCUCAACAAUACGCGAUGGGCUACCAGCAGUUCACACAGACCAGCCCGGCGCCCGGUUAUUCGCAGCUGGUUCCCCAGAUGGGUGGAGGCGGAUUCCCGUACCCUCAGCAGAAUACAGCCAUGUCUCGCUCCUCGAGUCAAAACCCUGAGAUCCGGCCGUCCUCUAGCAUCGGGCAGCACGGACAGCACGCACAGCACGGACAUCCCCACGGGCCUCACGGCCAGAUGAUGAUGGGUGCCCCGCCUCAACACAUGGCCCCCCCUCCCCAGCAGAGUGCCCCUCUCCCACAACAGAACGCGUAUAGGGUUGUUCCCAAAUCAUCCAAAGCCAUUCCGAUCAGGGACCCAACCACCAAUGCCCCCAUCGUUCCCCAACCCACUACGCCGGUGGCGGCUGCAUCCAAUCCGGUUAUCGUUCAGUCGCCGAGUCCCGCGUCUGGCCGCACACCUUCUCGUCCCGAGACUCCUCACAAUCGUUCUACUAGUCGCAGCAACAAGACUGCCGAGGAUAAGAGGCGCGAGAUGCGUGAGCAGGUCAAGGCCAGGGCCAUGUUGACGGAUAAGAGGGCCGAAGAGGACAAGGAAGCUGCCGCCACUGUUGCGAAGGCGAAGGAAGAAGCCGAGGCCAAGGUCAAGGCCGAAGCCGAGGCCAAGGUCAAGGCCGAAGUAGAGGCCAAGGCUAAGGCCGAUGCGGAGGCCGAAGCCGAAGCCGAAGCCAAGGCCGAAGCCGAGGCCAAGGCCAAGACCGAAGCGGAAGCCAAGGCAAAGGAGGAACAGGAGGCCAAGGAGGCUGAGGAGGCGAAGGUAAAGGCUGAGGCCGAGGAGAAGGCAGCCAAAGAAGCCGAGGAGAAGGUAGCCAAGGAAGCCGAGGAGGCGGCCACCGCGGCGAAAGCCAAGGAGGAAGCAGAUGCCAAGGCUAAGGAGGAAGCAGAUGCUAAGGCCAAGGAGGAAGCCGAAGUCCGGGCUGAAGCCGAUGCCGCUGCGGAAGCUGCCAAGGCCGCGGAAGCAAAGGCCGAAGCCGAGAAGGAAGCACCCUCGACUCCUUCGGAAACCCCCAUGGUUUCUACUCCCGCAGAUGGCGAGUCCAUGCCGCCACCGUCGCUCAAGGCUGCCGAGAAGCCCCGUAGCAAGCCAAGUCCCCUCAACCUUCAGAUUCAGACCAACGAGUCGGGCCUGCCAUCCGCGCAGCUCACCCCACAGCUCACCGCGCUGCGCAGUGCUCGACCAGUGGACAACCUGAAGGGCCUUCAGUAUCCCGAGGGAAUUGCGUCCCCCAACCCGGCUCUGAACCCUAUGGCCACGGCUACCAAGUUCAAGUACGAUAAGGAUUUCUUGAUGCAAUUCCAGACCGUCUUCACAGAGAAGCCUUCCCCCGACUGGGACCAGAGGAUGCGGGACACUGUCGGCGACUCCGAGCCCGUCCGUCCGAAUGGUCCUACGCGCACUCCUUCCGGAUUGGCUCCCCGCUCCUCGUCCUCUCGCGGUGGCCUUUCCAUGUUCUCCGGUGGUGGUGCGAUGGGAAGCUUUACCGGUCCUCCCGGCGCUGGUGCUAAGGCCGCCAGCAUGAGUUCGAUGGAGCGCUUCAAGCAGUCGACUCCCAUCCCUCUCGCCGCAAAUAACCUUGGAUUUGGCCGCUCUAACAGCAACAUGGCGGGCCGCACAAACUCGAGCACUUCUCUGUCCGGAUCCGCGUCUGGUGCAUUACCUCAAAGCCCCCGUACGAGCAAUAGAUCUGCUCGUGGAAGUAGCAAGCGAGGCAACACCGGCGCAGCUCCCUCCAUGGAGAGAUCCGACUCCCGCCAGCAGGGUUCGCAACCGACCAUUCCUCUGUCUGAUGUCAAGCCUCUUCCAGUUUCGGCCAACAGAUGGACGCCAGGAAGGUUUAAGGCUGUCGACACUCCGGUAGUAGCAGCUGCUGCCCCCGGCGCGGGUCCUCCCGGUGCGGGUGCGACCGCGGUUGCGGAUGGUCUCAUGUCGCCCGAGAUGGUGCAACGUAAGGUCAAGGCCGCAUUGAACAAGAUGACUCCCGAGAAGUUCGACAAGAUCUCGGACCAGAUCCUCGAGAUCACCGGGCAGUCCAAGCACGAGAGCGACGGCCGUACCCUGCGCCAGGUUAUCCAGUUGACCUUCGAGAAGGCUACCGACGAGGCUCACUGGGCUUCCAUGUACGCAAAGUUCUGCAAGCGCAUGUUGGAGACUAUGGAUCCUAGUAUCAAGGACGAGAACAUCAAGGACAAGAACGGUGUUGUCGUCACCGGUGGAAAUCUUUUCCGCAAAUACUUGCUCAACCGCUGCCAAGAGGAGUUCGAGCGUGGUUGGAAGGUUAACCUCCCCGACCAGACCAAGGGUGCCGGUGAAGAGGUCCUCAUGCUGUCGGAUGAGUACUACAUUGCCGCCGCCGCCAAGCGUCGUGGUCUCGGUCUGGUUCAAUUCAUCGGAGAGCUCUUCAAGUUGGGUAUGCUUACAGAGCGCAUCAUGAAUGAGUGUGUUCGCAAGCUUCUGGACUUCGAAGGUCUUCCUGAGGAUGAGACCGUUGAGAGUUUGUCUAAACUUCUGCGUACCAUCGGAGGACAGCUCGACUCUUCCGAGAAGAGUAGACCUAUGAUGGAUGCUUACUUCGGUCGCAUCACAGCCAUGGUUGAGAAUAAGGAGCUGAACAGCCGUAUGCGGUUCAUGUUGAUGGACAUGACAGAUCUGCGUAGGAGAAAAUGGGAAUCGAACGAGCAGGACAAGGGCCCCAAGACCAUCUUGGAGGUUCGUGAGGAGGCCAUGAAGGCACAGCAAGAGAAGGAGGCCAUCUCCAGGGCCAAUCGGAACCGUCCUCAGCCUAGCCGUGGGCAGAAUCCGGGCGGCUUCCAGCAGAGUUAUCACGACCACAAGACCUCUGGUACUGUGAACACUGAUGAUCUUAGCAAGUUGCGAAACAGGCCUAGGCCGGCAGCAAACAUGAGCCAGUCAUUCUUCCCCCAGUCGUCGUUGAUGGGCCCCCGCAGCAAUAGCAGCAGGCGUGGAAUGCAAGACUCUGGAUCUCGCACUGCCACUCCUCCCGCUCCCGCUUCGACUUCGUCGCCGAACAUGUUCAGUGCCCUGUCCGGACAAGAUGGAAACGAUACCACGUCUCCCCCUCCCUCGAACAACAACUCGCCACAGGUAUCGAACGCAAAACCUGUCACCGAAGAGGCUUAAAAGGUAGGUUGUUGGUUACUCUUGGGGGAGGGCGUCUGGGUAUAGAAUCUUUUUAGAAUGGUGUUUUUCCGUGGGUUUGCAUCUUUUAAUUGCCGGGUCUGGGGGUAUUGCACUUUGUUCUGUGAUUUCUUACUAUUCGUCUUCCAUUUCUC